AUGGCUCAGUCAAAGCAUGAAGACGCCAAAGGAUCCAAGUCCAAAGGGCAGGAUAGAAAGAAUACUGUGGCAUCCCCACCAGGGUUCGAUUCAAAACCACUCGAACGCACGAAACAGACCACACAAAGAGACCACAAGAGAGAUUUGGAUGAAUUGAAAUCAAAGAAAAUAUGGGAGCUUGCAAUUGGGCCAGCCAAGUCUAUCCCGAUGAACGCGUUUAUGAGCUACAUGACUGGAAAUUCAUUACAAAUCAUUCCAGUGACGAUGACAAUAAUGUUGCUAUGGAAUCCCCUUAAAUCAAUCUUUAACGAUCUCAACCCGACGUUUCUGAAAUUGAAAACAGACGACAAUCUGCAGCUUAUUGUGUUUGCCAAGUUGGGAUUUAUAUUCUUUCAGUUGAUGAAUAUGUCAAUUGGUAUCUACAAAUUGUACACAAUGGGUCUUAUACCUCAUCUGGAAGCAGACUGGCUAGCAUGGUUAGAGAUAGAAUCUUCACUCAACACGUUGUAUAGUUGA